AUGCCACCAAAAGAGUAAGUCGUUACGGAGAUAUCACAGACACUCAUGCAAUCUAACUCUUUCUCAGGAAAACAGAUGGUUCGGAGCUGGAAGGGACUUCGGAAGAUGAGGGUCAAGGACAAUCUGAGCAUUUUACCCAACCUGCACCACCUCCAGUCAAACCACCUAGGAAGUUGAAAGUUCCUAAGUUCUUGACCGAGGAGAUACCUAUUGAGGCGGCUCCUGAUCCAGCAAACACCUUUAAAGAUCACGAACAACCGCCGGUUAAUGAGCGCCUUGAACAAAUCAAGGCUUUUCUUGCUGAUGAGGAUGCGAACCGGUGCUUAGAUUUCAAAGACAAGCUCAGUCAAAUCCAAGAAUACCUCACCCAUGUCGAAAGAUACCAACUUCCACGGGAUUGGAAAUUGUUCAAAGAUGCAAAGGUUAUGGCAGAAAUACAAGCCUAUUGGCAUGAUCGCAUGGAAAAAUCAGAUCUCGGCGAUCCUCUAUGUUUAGAUUCUCCUCAAGUCCAGCCAUAUAGUACGAGGCUCAUGUCGAAUGAAGUGACUCUUGCUAUUCGAGAAACAAAGGAGGUCAAUGGUACUCAAACACAAGUCCGCGAAGAUCGUCCUCCUUUCACAAUACAACGUACUAAGGAUCACCCUGUAUUUCUCAGGGCCAUAAAAGAGGAUGCCAGGAAAACUCUGACGGACCUUACGGAGGAGGAAGAGAAUCGUAAUCUCUUCAAAAUUGAAAACCGAGCAUAUGGUGACGCCAAGAAUAACCCAGCAUUAAUUCCCCUUUGGACAGAUCCUAUUCGUGGUCUCUCUGAUACUGGAAAGGCUCAAAGUAGCGGUGAUCCUUGGUAUGGCAGCAGCCAGGUUCUAGGUGUCACUCCACAAACGGUGAUUAAGGCAGAACCAAAGCACAACCCAUUACCCGCUGUCAUCAAUACAUACCAGGAAGUUGUACGGUACUACUUGGAGAUGUACCGAGACAAUGUUCUUAAUCUUGGAAUUGGAGAUCAGCGGCACGCAAAGGACUGGAACGUAGCGGUUUUGAAGGCCUUUUUACGAUUAUUCCCGACGCCAGAUGCCAAAGACUUGGAGCGUAACGCUCACGUAUAUUCAACUGGGCAAAGACAAGGUGAUAUGACAGAUGAGGAGUAUAGAGUUGUCAAAGACGAUUGGAAGAACUACAACGAUUUACAGGAUAAACUAUUGGAGCAUCUCUCUGCCAAGACUACUCCUAAAGUACAAUUCUACUUUGACGAGCCAGAUAUGGUCAAGACGGAUAUAUAUGAUCCUGCCAAGAUUAAUAUUCCCAGAGAGUAUGGUGAACGAAUGAGGGAAGUGCGUGAGAUGCAGGACGAGCUCGUCAUUCAUUUUAGGGAAUGUCGUGAUAACGGGGGCCCACAAAAGUGCAAUUGGUUCAUACUGGGAAGAAUGGCGGAGAUACUUGCACCCGUUGAGCCUGAUAUCUUUCGUGAAGUGGGACAACAUUGGACGCAAUUCAGAACCAGGCUUCUACCUUUGCUUUGGGAUAAAGCGUACAGACCACGAGAUAAGACUAGGUGGCUCAGGAGGCGUGACUCGGCAGAGAGAGCUGUGAUUGAACCUUAUAUCGAGAGAUUGCGGAAUCUCUGGACUGUUAUUUUUGACCAUAAUCCUGAACUUCAACGCGACGAGUCCACUGUGCAGAACGGCGAACCAUGGAUUGUAUUGUUACCAUUACAAAAGGGGGCUCUACGGACAGACCCAACAAGACAUAAGUUAGCGCCUAACUUUCUACAACCAUUCAUCUUCUAUGUGCCUUGGGCUACCCCUAAACCUGAGCUUUCUCUGGAUUUGAAAAACCAAUUAGAAAGAAUUCAUCGGCUUUUCAGAUUUAAACAAGAAGCCGGAGGUAAACUAACAGACGCUCAAUUGAUAGUACUCCGACAGAAUCUAGCUCCUUUCUUCUAUCCUAGACUUCGUCGAAUGUAUGAUCAGACACUCAGCGAUGAUCAGAAAGUGAGAGAUCCUGCACUUCGAGCAUUUUCUCAGAUCUUCGACCCUUGGCUCGCGGGAUUCGAAGGAAUUGGAAUUGAGAUUAGGAGUUAUAAGCCUGAGGAGACCCAGGCUUUGCUAAAGAGGACCAUACCGGCAGUUUUAGCAGAUGCAAAAAAUGAGGCGAAAGCUCCUCAAUUCAGACAGCGAGAUCCGUCGGUUCUAUAUCAAAGUCAACAAAGUUUGGACCCGGAUUUGUUAAAUACUCUCAAUGUACAACUGAACCGAGAUCUUCCAGAUGAUGGCGAUGUGGGAGAUUCUACUGAUGGAGGUUGGUCCCAGGACUUGAGAAGAACUUACACGAGGGUAUUAGGUCCUCCGACAUUGCAAAGCAUGAGAGAACAAUUAGCCUACCUCGAACAAGAAAUAUCGGAAGUUAGCCCUAAUGAUGUCAUUGGUAAAGGCGCCUUGAAAAAAGAAUGGGCUAUUCUUAUGCGAAAGUGUAGCCAGGAGGAGAGACGAACCAUCUUGGGAGUCAAGGCUGCCGCGAAAUCCAAGCUCAAGGAUAAAACAAUCACUGUUUUACAGAGUGUAGAUUUUGUUGGCACAGAUGUCGAUACGGACAAUCUUCCCGGAGUCUUUUACCUCGCCACUGAACCGCCUUCACCCAUGACAAUUCAUCCUACAAAAGUGGACGCUCUGUCUCUUGUACCAGAUCUUGACACCGGUCUCCAUCGUAACCGAGAGGAAAACUGGCAACAAUUUAUCUUAGGCUACCCGAAACAAACCUCUCGUUAUGACACAGGCACAUUAAACUUUCAGUCAAAGGCUGAAAGAAGGGGUAUCCAGAGAGCGGCGAUUGAGAUGGCUUUAAAUUUUCUUGCUUCAAAUUAUGAGCAGCGUCGACCAGGCGAUCGAUUUCGUCGUGUUGUACUUCCUUCACCAUGGAAGCCACCUCUACCGGAAGUACCAAUAUCAAUGGAACUUGAACCGAGCAAGCGACCUGUAGAAUUGGACACGAAAUACUACACUAAACUCAUGGUUGAAUACACACGAUGGAAAGAUGAUGAUUGGUAUGAUGCUCGUGAAAAGAUCAUGAAGAUUUCCCCAGGUCUAGUGCCUCCGCCAGCUAAUUAUAAUGGUCCUUUUGCCAUUCCGACAAUGUUCGAAUACCAAGACGCUGCUGCCAAAUAUUUGGGAAACUUGACUCCGACUUGGAACGCUUUGUUACAUGCAGCUAAGGUUUUUGCACGUCCAUUCUUGACUGCGGUUCUUGCACGUGUCCAGAGGGGUGUAGAUUUUGAGCCUGGUGAAUCAGUCGAUGCUCUUUACGAAGAAGCAAAUGGUUUAGAGAUAAGAUUGACACCGCAAGAACUUGGUGUCCUUCGGGAAUUAAGUGAACCAUCUUGGAAUUGUCAUUGGCUUCCAUAUCCUCGGGUUGCAAAUGAAGCAGAAGAUAUGCCUCGGCAGAUUCUCGAUGAGUUUGAAAGAGAUAUUGAAGCCCUGCCAGAAGCAGAAAAGCCUCCGUACUGGUCAUCAGGACAACCUCCCACUGCUCCUCAACUUUUUGAUAUACCAGAGUCGCAGAGGGAUCUUCGUUUGACCAGUAGAUAUGAUCCCGAUGUUAACUCUACCGAGUUUAUCUCCAUGGCUGUUCUUCUCCAACAUAUAAACAAUCGUCGGCUUGAUCAAAAUUUGCCUACGUGGGACGUGGAUAGUGCGAGAGGCCACCUCACAAGAAUGCAUAAAUAUCAUCACAUACAGUAUGUUUUGUACGAAACCAUUGACUUUAAAAAUUGCUAAUUUGUUUAGUUUUGAGCCAGCUGACGAAGUAGAUAUACAAGAGGGGCUAGAUAAUGAUCACGUAGCAAGAGUGGCACUUACAGGCCACCCCGAGAUGAAGUAUGUAGAAAGCCGAGCACGAGCACACCACACGUAUGGGAUUCAACAUGAGUAUGAUACCAACACCUACACUGUUCAAUACAACGCGGAUCGCUUCACGGGACCUCCCAUUAUCCAACCUAAAAUCUACAAUUUUAUGGAAAGGGCUUCCUUCAAAUUCGGUAGGGCCAUCGCUAUGUACACGGAAGAACUCACAUUGGACGAAACACAUUACACGUCAGAUCUGAGUCUCGAAAUUGUCAGUCACAGCUAUGGGAACACGAUAAAGCGCUCAGAAGGCGUAGAGCUCUACCCGGGCGAACCAAAUGUACCCCGUGCAAAUCCAAACCCGAAUAACAUAACCCUCAUCCGCAUCGCAUCUGACCUCUAUAAAGUCGCUCCCGAUAUUUUCACCGACCAUGGUCUCAACCCUGAAACGCUGCUCGAUCCUAUUGUCCCAUUCCAAGCAAGAAUGCAAUACGCAGCCCUAAUGAUCCAAACACAAGUCAUCGAAGAACUAAACAACAAUUGGGAAUCGCGGUUCCCUAUCAAUGAAAAAGUGUGGGGCUUCGCACGAGAUCGACUUGUGAACCCAGUACGUACUGUGGUAGCAGGCCGUACAUUUACGGAAUAUCAUCAACCGCGCCAAUACUUCAGUAUGCGGAGAUGGCCACCUUGUGAACAGAGUCCUACUAGUCAACAGGUUAUUAGGGAUAGUGGACCCGUGUUACAGGCGAAGAUUACAAAGGUGGUUGUUCCUAAGAAAUCAAGUGAGGAGAAGAAAAUGGAAUCAUUGAGGCAGAAGAAAGAGCCGAGGCAUAUUGGGGGUGGGCUGCCCAAUUUCCCAUUUGGGGAGACACCUUAUCAGCAGGCUUAUUUGAGUUGGAGGAUCCAGGAGGAUUUGAAAGAUGGUGAGUUUCCCUUUCAUUUUCCCUUUUUUUAACUCUAUAAUUCACCAAGAUACUAAUUUCCUUACUCCCCAGUCCCCGAAUUCAAUCCCCCACCAAAAACAGGUCUGUCCAAAUAUCUUCCCGCUCUCAGUCCCCCUCCACCACCGAUAGACCACUACGCCCUCCCCAAAAUCCCCUCUUCUUUCCACGCCCGCAGUAUCCCCAUCGAGCUCCUCCGUCAACGAACCAUAACCGCCGCUCAAGCCCUCCCAGGUCUUCCUUCACUCACCGAAUACUACCGAGAAGCCGACGAAGCGCAAAAAAUCCGCAAAUACGAGGAAUGGAAAAAAGCCAACGAGCGGAUUCAAAAAAUCGAAGAAUUAGCAGGGAAGAGCUGGGAGAAUAUGGAGAGGGAUGAGAGGGAGCAGUGGGAGACUGAAUUGGCUUUGGCGGAUAUGGAGGAACAGAGGGUGUUGCAGAAUAAGGGGGAAUUUGGUCCUGCUGGUGAUGGAGUGGAUGCUCGUCUUCCUGAUGUUGGGGGGAGAGACUUGGUGCUUAGGAAUGCGCAGAAUGGGGGGAAGAGGAGUAGGAGUGCGAGUGCGAGUUCGGUUGGGAGGGUGGGAAAAUCGAAGAGGAGGAGUGCUAGGCUGUCGCCGAUUCGAGUUGGACCGGUGAUGUCCGGGGCUUUGUAG